ACAUGGCGGCUAACAUUGCUAAUAAACUAGCAUAGACACUGCUAACAAACGUUAGCUCUAGUUAUCGUUGGUGUAAACUAGUACGUUAGCCUCGUUAGCUCCAGCCGUGGAGAGGCUACCGUAUUCAAUAACAAAAGCAGGCUUGAAAGGGCAAAGUACGAUGGACAAACUUCAAGACCUCGAGAGUUUUUUGAAGAAUGUUGACAAAAUAAGUGAGCUAGUGAAGGACCUAAAUUCCUCUGACGUCGAAGUCCAGCAAAAAGCAAUAGAGACAGCUGAUUGCUAUAUCGCUGCCUUGGAUGAACCCUGCAGGACGAUAGUCAACAAGACUACAAUCAACACAAACCCGCCACUUCAGACUUCCUUGGAUCUGCAGAAUGAAAAUCCAGAGAAUUUCAUGAAGAUUAUUGAGAGAGAUGCUGAAGACAGGAGCGUAAGGAGGACUGCAAAAGCAAACAAGGCAACCGUAUUCAAAGACAAGGGAAAUGAAGCUUACGCUCAAGAAGACUAUGAAACUGCAGUGAAGUAUUACAGUGAUGGCUUGGCUGAAUUGAGGGACAUGCAGCCAUUGUACACCAACCGAGCACAAGCCUACAUCAAGCUGGGGAAGUACAAGGAGGCCAUCAGUGACUGUGAAUGGGCCCUGAAGUGUAAUGAGAGGUGCAUGAAGGCUUACCUACACAUGGGGAAAGCAUAUCAGGCGUUAAAGAAAUAUAAGGAGUCCAGAAACUGCUUUGAGAAGAUUGUGGAAAUUGAACCUGUGAUGGAGAAGAUGGUGAAAGAAUACCUGACCCAGGUUGAUUUAGAAGAGGGAAGAGAGAGUCAGGAGAUGAAUGCAAGGCAAGAGUUUGACAAGGGAGAGGGGAAUGACACAAGAGUGCCUCAGCUGCUGGAGAAGUUGGCGAGGCCUGGCCAGAUUCCCUUGUACUACUGUGGAGGAUUGGAGAUUCUGUCACAAGCAGUUACUGACUGUACAGCCCAGACCCUUUUCAGACUGAACAAUGGCUUUAGUAUCAUCAGCAGCAAUGACACGGUGAGAAGUUGUCUGUUGCAGAAAACGAAGGAUCCAGACAGCCAGGAGUUGUGUGCGUCUGCUCUGAAAUCAUGGAGGGUUAUUUGUUGUGGAAACGAUGAAAACCAGAAAGUGUUGAUGACAUUCCCACUCACCAGACAGUCCAUUGUGCACUUGAUAACAUCGGAGCAUGUUGCAGUGCAGGAAGAAUGCCUGGAAUUACUAAAUGUGUACUCACGGAUGCCACAUGGAAGACUUUUGGCCAUUGACAACCUGGAUGUGCCAAUGUUAGUGAGGAACCUCAUGGCGUGCAUCUCAAAGCCAAAGCAGCAGCAGAAUACAGCAGUCAACAUUCUGGAGAACUUUGCAGCAGAAAACAAAUUUUGCAUUCAGUUAAGGGACGUGUUGACAGACUCUGUCAUUCUGCCAUUUACAACAUUACUGAGAAAUGUCAGCGAGUCCAAUCGGCAUGUCCUUGCGUCGCUGAUAUCGGCUAUUGGCUGUCUGGCUCGAGAUGACGUCAUCUGCCACAGCUUUGCUCAUGAUCCAGAAUGUUGGAAGGCUAUUGCUGUCGCCAUUAGGCAGUGCAGUGCAUGUGAAUACAAAGAGGUAAUUUACCCUCUGCUUGGUUUGAUCAUCAACCUUUCAGCUAUCACCUCGCCAAUCAUUCAGGAGCAUGCUGUUUCAAUCUGCAACUGCUGCCUGGGCCUGCUGAGGGAUAGUGAUGGAGGAGUGAUAACUAGAGCCACAGGCGUGCUGAGCACUGUCCUCCCUCAGUCCCCGGAGGCCGUUCAGCAUGUUAUUCAGGGGGGUGCGGUCCGGACCAUGCGCUUGCUGUUGAAGGGAACAGGGCAGACUGCCACCAAGUAUGCCAUUAAGACUCUGACAGUGUGCACUGCUGCCAGUCACUUGGCACGGGAGGAGCUGGUGAAGUCUGAUAAAAAACUGUCUAUUUUACGUAAUUUGCUGGCUUCCAGCUGUGAUGAGAUGGUGUCAGGAAAUGCAGCCCUGUGCUUGGCCCACUGCCUUGAAUUGGAGGGAAUUGGCAGCACCCUGCUGGGCACUGAUAUUGUGCUGCUGCUGCUGCGCCAUGCUGCAGGGGACGCUAAGAGGACAGCUGUGCGACAAAAUGCAGCAAUUGCUCUGGGAAAGCUGUGUCGAUCCGAUCCAAGGUACCCUCUCACCUCACUCUAUAAACCACAUGCUGCUGAUUACAUUCUAGAAACUAGCCUGAAGGAGCAUCGACAGACGAGAUGAAAUGUCUCACUGAAAUGAGAUAAUGCGAGUGUUAUGGCUCUGGUUGAAAGAGUUUGUCACGCAUUACGCAAGUGUAUGAUUUCUGGCCUAGGCUGGCCUGAAAUAUAAGUAAUACGUGUUUAUUUUUAUUUGCAUAAAAAAAAAUCAGUAUAUACAGUGUAUAUAUAAAAAAAAAUCUCUCCUGCAAACAUCCACCACUUUGACUACUGCAGUCAGUGUGACUAACUAGCAAGGUGAUAGCCAUAACAUUACCACAUUUAUCUUAAUAUUUGCACUUUGAUAGGCAGCAGCAGAUUAAGCUAUGUCUUGAUGUCUUGAUUGCACCUAAUGCUUUAGAUUGACGACAUAAUAUUGGUCUGAGGUUUGGGUUCUGGCCGCAGUUAUUGUUAAAUUAGUUUGAUUGCUUUGUCAAACUUAUUAAUUUAGUCCAUCAACAUUGCUCUCUGUUGGAUAUAUUUUUUCAAUGUGCUUUUUUUCCAUCAAUUGAAUAUACCUCAGGUGCAACAAAGGGUUAUAAACAUCCAUCCCAUGCAGACCUACAUAACGGGAUGGCCAGAGCAGCGACCGUUAGCGGGCUAUCUCAUUCUAUUACUACGGUCGAAGCAUAGUUCUGUGUGCCCUUUUCUUUUUUACGAGUGAACUGACCACGGCAAGCAGUUCUACUCUCAUUUCAUGCCUCUGGUCUGAAUACUUAAGUCAGUGUGACAUUCCAGUUUUUUUAGUUUUAAUACAUUGGCAAAAAAAUGUUUUAAUGACUUUAACAAAGGCUGCAGCAUACAUUAACAAAAUGUGAAAGAAGUGAAUGCUUUCUGAAUACACUGUAUACCCUUUGGCCCUUUGGUAUUUGGGCCAGCUCUACUAAACAUCUUAUGCAAAAUGCAACUACAUAUUCCAUGUAAGUAUUACACAAAAGCUACAAGUCUGCAUAACCUACAAGUUUAUAAUAGCUCCUAAGUUCAGUAUUUCUCUUUAUUGUUUUUUAUUAAGGGGUUUUAUUUGUACUGCAGUGUAAAAUUCAACUGUGAACAUCUAUUAUUUCUCUACACAAUGAUGUUUUGCUGCUGGAGGCCAUCUUCCAUAUAGUGCAGCACCAUUCUGAUUUUGUGAGGAUAAUUGUUGUGUUGUACCGCCCUGAAUAAUGGAAGAAGGCAGCAACAAACAUGUCUCUUUGUUUUUAGGAACAUUUUUUUUUACUGUACCUUCAGGCUACAAAGCUCUGCUGUGACUGUGUUGAGUAUGUGUUCUUUAGUUCACACAAGUGCUGUUUCAAUUGAAUGCCAGCCCACUGAACACACUGUCACUGUUUUCUUUUAAUAAACUGCUUUCUUCAAUUCCAGACAUAUGAACAAACUUCGAGAACUUCAUGGCAUUGAGAUCCUGCACUCCUGUUUGAAGCUUAUUACAUAGACUCUAUAGCACAUUGUAUAAUCUCCUUGUUCUCCUCUGUAGUCUGUUUGGGCCUAGACAUAAAGACCAACAUGUAAAGCAAAAAAUAAAAGUCAUAUAAUUCCCUUUUCUCUUCUUUAGAAUUAUUUUUUAAAACUCUCGUUUUUAAUUGCUAUUCAUUUUUUUGACGUCUUGAGAAUAUCCAAAUAUCUAUUUCAUUAGAAUUAUAUUCUGCUCCUAAUUGGUUCAUCUACAUAAACAAAGGCUAUCAACUUUA